GUGUUGUUUGCUGCUGGACUCCCCCUGUCCCCACAACCCCGCAGGAUGAUAUGAGACUUGAAAGAAGACGAUGCAUACAGGAGGAGAGACUUCAGCAUGCAAACCUUCGUCCGUUCGGCUUGCACCAUCGUUUUCAUUCCAUGCUGCUGGCCUUCAGAUGGCUGGACAGAUGUCCCAUUCUCAUCAGCAGUACAGUGACCGGCGGCAGCAGAACAUCAGCGACCAGCAGGUCUCGGCCUUGUCGUACGCGGAGCAGCUGGAGCAGCCCAUCCCCCUGACAAACCAGAGGCGGAUGCCCCAAACUUUCCGUGAUCCAGCCACUGCUCCAUUGAGGAAACUCUCCGUAGAUUUGAUUAAAACAUACAAGCAUAUUAAUGAGGUUUACUAUGCAAAAAAAAAACGGCGGCAUCAGCAGGGCCAGGGCGAUGAUUCCAGUCACAAAAAGGAGAGGAAAGUUUACAAUGAUGGUUAUGAUGAUGACAACUAUGACUACAUUGUGAAAAAUGGGGAGAAGUGGAUGGACCGCUAUGAAAUCGACUCUUUAAUAGGCAAAGGAUCCUUUGGGCAGGUUGUGAAGGCUUAUGACCGAGUGGAGCAGGAGUGGGUGGCCAUCAAAAUCAUCAAAAACAAGAAGGCUUUCCUGAACCAGGCCCAGAUUGAAGUGAGACUGCUCGAGCUGAUGAACAAACAUGACACUGAGAUGAAGUACUACAUAGUGCAUUUGAAGCGCCACUUCAUGUUCAGGAACCACCUGUGCUUGGUGUUUGAGAUGCUGUCCUACAACCUGUACGACCUGCUGAGGAACACCAACUUCCGCGGCGUGUCCCUCAACCUGACGCGCAAGUUCGCGCAGCAGAUGUGCACGGCCCUGCUCUUCCUGGCCACCCCCGAGCUCAGCAUCAUUCACUGUGACCUAAAACCAGAGAACAUCCUGCUCUGCAACCCCAAAAGGAGCGCCAUCAAGAUUGUGGAUUUUGGCAGUUCCUGUCAGCUUGGGCAGAGGAUAUACCAGUAUAUCCAGAGUCGUUUCUAUCGAUCACCAGAGGUGCUACUGGGAAUGCCUUAUGACCUUGCAAUUGAUAUGUGGUCCCUUGGGUGUAUUUUAGUCGAGAUGCACACUGGAGAGCCUCUCUUUAGUGGGGCAAAUGAGGUGGAUCAGAUGAAUAAAAUAGUGGAAGUUUUGGGGAUACCACCAACCCACAUCCUCGACCAAGCACCCAAAGCAAGAAAGUUCUUUGAGAAGUUGCCAGAUAGCACUUGGAACUUGAAGAAGACCAAAGAUGGAAAAAGGGAAUACAAACCACCGGGAACUCGCAAACUCCACAAUAUCCUGGGAGUUGAGACAGGAGGGCCGGGUGGGCGCCGUGCUGGGGAGUCAGGUCAUACUGUAGCUGACUACUUGAAGUUCAAAGACCUCAUCUUAAGGAUGCUUGACUAUGACCCCAAGACACGAAUCCAGCCCUACUACGCCCUGCAGCACAGUUUCUUCAAGAAAACGGCGGACGAAGGUACCAACACGAGUAACAGCGUGUCCACGAGUCCUGCCAUGGAGCAGUCACAGUCUUCAGGAACCACCUCUAGUACAUCUUCUAGCUCAGGUGGAUCUUCUGGCACGAGCAACAGCGGGAGGGCGCGGUCGGACCCCACACACCAGCAUCGACACAGCGGCGGGCACUUCACUGCUGCUGUUCAAGCCAUGGACUGUGAGACACACAGCCCACAGGUUCGACAGCAGUUUCCUCCUCCCAUCGGUUGGACCGCCACCGAGGCUCCCAGCCAGGUCACCGUGGAGAACCACCCGGUGCAGGAGACCACCUUCCACGUCAACCCUCAGCAACAGAACGCAUUACACCAUCACCAUGGCAACAGCUCCCACCACCACCACCAUCACCACCACCACCACCACCACCAUGGACAGCAAGCCUUGGGCAGCCGGACCAGGCCGAGAGUCUACAAUUCUCCAACAAACAGCUCCUCCACCCAGGAUUCUAUGGAGGUGGGCCACAGUCACCACUCCAUGACAUCCCUGUCUUCCUCAACUACUUCUUCCUCUACAUCUUCCUCCUCUACUGGUAACCAAGGCAAUCAGGCCUAUCAGAACCGCCCAGUGGCUGCUAACACCUUGGACUUUGGACAGAACGGAGCUAUGGACAUGAAUUUAACAGUCUACUCUAAUCCGCGCCAAGAAACUGGCAUAGCUGGACAUCCCACGUACCAGUUUUCUGCUAAUACAGGUCCUGCUCAUUACAUGACUGAAGGACACCUUGCCAUGAGGCAAGGCAUUGAUAGAGAAGAGUCUCCCAUGACAGGAGUUUGUGUUCAGCAAAGUCCUGUGGCUAGCUCGUGACUAAA